ACAAUGGCUGUUAAUUGGCCAGUAGUUUACUUGGGCUAUGUGGAUGAGUGCGUGAGUGAAAAGUAUGCUUCCUCGGUGGAUUUCACGACAAACAAAAUCGGAGGAAAUCCUAAUUGGCCAAUUUCCGGAAUAAGUGUACCCAAUUGCCCCCUUUGUGGUCUGGUGAGACCACUCAUUCUGCAAAUCUACGCCCCCCUUGAGGGUUCGCAAUUCCACAGAACACUCUACGUGUUCUCCUGCCUGAACUGUUCGAAUCAGUCCAGUAGUUGGUUCUGCGUACGCUCCCAGACACUUGAGAAGAAUUUUGAGAAGGAAACCUCCCGGAAUCCACAUCAAGGGCAGGAGAAGCACACGGUGAAUGUGAAUUGGUGUGCUGGUGCCAAUGAUUGGGAUGUUCCGGAGGAAACAAAAACGGCGGAUGUGGAGAAUUGCAAUGAGGAAAAUGGGAAUACCAUCAGUAAAAUCGAUAAGAUGUCCGAUGAGGAUGACGAGAGCAAUUCCACGGAGAUUGAUUUGCUCAAUAUUAUCGAGAAUGUCCAUAUCGAUGAGCGCAAUGCAAAUAGUGGUGCUCAGGAGGGUGGGGCAGCUGCCAUGAACAAUGCCCCAAAGGCUUCGGCUGAAAUUGAGACAGAUGAAACGGAAUUGAUUAUAAUUGACACCCCCGACGCCCCACAGAGGGAUCUCAUUGCACUCUUUAAGCAAAAUAAUGUGCUCUCUUCCGAUCAGGUUAAUCUCACACUCAGGAGCUUCUUCAUCACUGUUGACGAGGAAGUAAAAUCAACCCAGGAGAAUACUGAUCACAUUCGAGAUCUCAUCCAUGAGUACCAGAAGAAGGAUGAUGAUCUCAAAAAGAGCCCUGAAGGUGCGAGUGCUGGGGAAAAGCGCGGAGAGAUGCUGGGUGAUGGUGAGCACUAUGAGAAGGGUAUUCCAGCGCAUGGUGAUGUACUUUUUCAUGCAUUUAUAACGAGAAUUCAGGAGAACCCCGGGCAGAUUAUCAGAUAUUCACGAAAUACGGUGCCAUUACUCAUUAGCUACUUAAAGGAAUCCAUUCCAAAGUGCACGUACUGUGGAAGUGAUUUAAUUUGCGAAGUGCAGGUUUUGCCAACGAUUAUCCCCCAUUUGCAGCUGGAGAAUUGCGAUGCGACCCCCAUUGAAUUCGGAACUGUACUCAUCUACACGUGCUCCAAAAGCUGCUGGGACACACCGGAUAAGAUGCGAAUUGAGACGUGCAUUGUGCAGCAGGAAACUUAAACAACAAUUUUUAAUUAACGAUAAACAUACCUUAUUAAUUAAAGGAAACAACAACAUCCACUAAUCUUUUAGCGACAAAGUCAAUAUUCUGAUAUGAAAAGUUUCUUUUAGAGAUUUAUCUAUAUAUUACAUUAUGUGGUGUGAUUAGGCGAUUAUAGGACUAUUCUGAGAUAAAACUAACGUCACAGAGACUCCCUAGGAAUCUUUAUAAAAAUACCAUUGUAUUUGAAUUUAAUCCAAAAAAAAUGAAGAAAAAAAUAUUGUUCACAUAAAAUAUGAGAAUGUUCAAAAAAAAAUUAUUAAGAAGAAGAUUUAUCACAAGAAAGUAGAGGAAUGUGCAUCAUUCGCGAGGAAAAGUCGGAUAUUAAAAUAUACAAAUUGAUAAAAUCGAA